GCUCGCCUGGGGGCGCUGUGGGCCGGCGGGAAGGAGCGGAAGUGAGGCGGCGGGCGCCGUGGUAACGGCGGGGCGAGCGGCGGCGGGAUGAACGCGCCUCCGGCCUUCGAGUCCUUCCUCCUCUUCGAGGGCGAGAAAAAGAUCACCAUCAACAAGGACACGAAGGUGCCCAACGCCUGCCUGUUCACCAUCAACAAGGAGGAUCACACGCUGGGGAACAUCAUCAAGUCGCAGUUACUGAAAGACCCCCAGGUGUUAUUUGCAGGGUACAAGGUCCCGCACCCGCUGGAACACAAAAUUAUCAUCCGGGUCCAAACCACCCCGGAUUACAGCCCCCAGGAAGCUUUCACCAACGCCAUCACGGAUUUGAUCAGCGAGCUUUCCCUCCUGGAAGAGAGGUUCAGGGUUGCUAUUAAAGACAAACAAGAAGGAAUCGAGUAAAAUCACCCCAUUUAGAGCGGACUGUGCUUCUGAGGCAGAAUGACGUGUCUGUUUGUUAGUUGAAUGCUAUAUUUAAACCUCCAUUCAUGGCAAAUAUUUUCCCCCUUGUCCCACUUAUGUUUAAUUUUUGACAGCAGCAGUGACAUUCUGAGGUGAUUUUUUUUCUACUAGACAGGCACUUUGCCAAGAGGAUAAAUGUCUUGUUUGAUUUGAUGGAUAAGUCAUUAAAAUUAUUUCUACUUUUCCAUUUGGAGCCAUAAGGCAAAUAUUUGUACUGGGCUGUUGGCGAGUUUAUUGUGAGUGUACUGCCAGAAUGAGAAGCUGCUGAGUGACAGUGGUAGAUGAACUCCGCUUUUCCUUUUCAAAAAGUCUAGGCACUCUCAACCGAACUGGUAUUUUGUUUUAUUAAGUGUCAUUUCUAUAAAACAAAUGCACAAAUUGUGAAAACUUACAGUAAAAGAAACCGGAUGUUUACAAUGA